AUGAAGUGGAUGAAAAUACUUCUGGGUGUUCUUCUCUUUCAUCUGUCUCUUUCUCAGUCUCCCCAAGUGCAGUAUGUUCUGCUGGUCCCUUCUGUUCUCCAAGAAGGCUCUUUGGAUAAAGCUUGUGUUCAGCUUUUUAAUGUGACUGAGUUUCUUGUUUUGACUAUCUCCAUCAACUAUGGUGAGGUCCAGACCAAAAUACUUGAAGAGCAGGUUACAGGAGAAAAUGUCUUCAAAUGCUUCAGCUUUGAGGUUCCUCAGGCCAGAUUGGACCCAGUGGCUUUCAUCACAUUCUCUGCUAAAGGAGGCACAAUCAAUCUGGAAGAGAGAAGAGCUGUGGCAAUCAGCCCCAGGGAAAAUGUGGUCUUUGUGCAGACAGAUAAAUCCAUCUACAUGCCUGGACAGAAAGUGAUGAUUCGAGUUAUGUCUCUGGAUGAUUAUUUGAAGCCUGUUGAGGAAAUGUAUCCAGUAAUCACCCUCAAGGACCCAGAGGGUAAUCACAUACAACGGUGGGUUAAUGAAAAGGCUGUGAAAGGCGUGCUACCACUCUCCUUCCAGUUAAUCCCGGAGUCCAUCCUCGGAUGGUAUGAGAUCACCGUGGAGAUGGGCUCUGGAAACAAAGAAUACCACUCUUUCUCUGUGGAAGAAUAUGUGUUACCCAAAUUUCAAAUGAAUGUGGAUGCACCAGGAAACAUCUUAAUUGUGGACUCUGAAUUCAAAGUUAAUGUCUGUGCCUCAUACACCUAUGGCAAACCUGUGGAGGGGAAAGUUCACCUUAGUGUAUGCAGGGCAUCUACUUUUUAUGGUACUUGUCGUCCUCUCAAUUCACUCUGUAAAAACUUUACUCUUCAGUUGGGGAAAGAUGGCUGUGUCUCCCAGCUUAUUAACACAGAUGCUUUUGAGUUAAACCGGGAAGGAUACCGGAGUUACUUUGAAGUACACGUUCUUGUCACAGAAAGUGGAACAGGUAUACAGCUUACAAAAUCCGUGUAUAUAAACAUAGACUCAUCAAUGGUGAAUAUUAGAUUUGAAAAUAUGGAGACAAUCUACAAACAGGGACUCCCUUAUUUGGGCCAGAUUAAAUUGCUUCAUCCUGACAACUCUCCCAUCCCAAAUGAAGUUAUCCAAUUGCACCUAAAGGACAAAAUUGUGGGUAACUACACCACAGAUACAAAUGGCAUUGCACAAUUUUCCUUGGACACAUCUAAGCUUACAUACCCAAAUAUCACUUUGAAAGCAACCUACAAGGACAAUGAAAAUUGCAAUGCAUGGGGGUGGGUGUUGCCUCGUUACCCACAAGCAGAGUACUUUGUGACCCGAUUCUACUCCAGGACUAAUAGCUUCCUAAAGAUUGUCCCAGAGAUGGAAGAACUGAAGUGCGACCAGCAAAAGAAGGUGGCAGUGCACUACCUUCUCAACAUGGAAGACCUUGAAGACAAAAUCUAUACAGUAAACUUCAAUUAUUUGGUUAUUGCAAGAGGUGUAAUUGUUCUUCAUGGGCAACAGAAAAUUGAGAAGAAAGAUGCUUAUGUUAGUGCCCAGCUAGCUCCUUCUGCAGUUAUGCUGGUCUAUAGUUUGCAUCCUGAAGGAGAAAUAAUUGCUGACACCACCCGAUUCCAAAUUGAGAAAUGCUUCAAAAAUGAGGUAUAUAAUCAGUUAAAUUACAGGGAACUAUAUGGCUAUUAUUUCAAAAGUUUGAACUUAGAAGAUGGCCCAGUAGUGCCAUGUCUGAAAAAUGAACAAAUCCUACAUAAAGGAAUUUAUUAUGAGCCUGCAUUGGCUGACUUUGGAAGAGAUGCUUAUGAUCUUGUUAAGGCAAUAGGAUUAAAAGUCUUCACCAACUCUCAUUACCGGAAACCAGUGCUAUGUGAGGAUCUCAAACAUCCAGGCUGUGCUGAUGAAAAUUAUUCAGAACAUUUAACAUCUUCUCCUUUACCUGGUGCUGAAGAACUACUAUCAGAAUCAUAUUCUGAUCGUGCUCUUGGUGGAUCUUAUACUGAAACACUGAGGAAAUCAUUUCCUGAAACAUGGGUUUGGAGUCUUAUUACAACUGACUCCACAGGAAUAGCCAACCUUGGUCUGACGGUUCCCGACACCAUUACACAGUGGAAGGCCAGUGGAUUCUGCAUGAAUGACAAAGCUGGAUUUGGCAUCUCUCCAACCAUCUCCCUGACAGCUUUUCAGCCCUUCUUUGUUUCCCUCACUUUACCCUAUUCAGUGGUUCAAGGAGAAGCAUUCACUCUAAAAGCCAAUGUGUUCAACUAUCUGAACAAAAGUGUUCAGAUAAACACUGUACUAAAAGCAUCUAGUUUUUACCAAGCCAGAUUUCUCUCAACCAAGGAUGAAAAUGAUUAUAUCAACAGCAAUGAACAAAAGUCCUUUACUUGGCUGGUUACCCCACAUAAGCUCGGUACAAUCAAUAUCACCAUUACAACUAAAACCCUGCAGAGGAGUAGCUAUGACAACAGGACAUCCAUGGGUCAGGAUGUUGGUUGGAAGGAUACAUUAAUCAAACCACUGCUGGUAGAGCCUGAAGGUAUUAAAAAGGAGGUGACACAAGGCUCACUUAUUUGCACAAAUGGAUCCACAGUAUCCCAAACAAUAACAUUCACUUCACCAGAAAAUCUUGUGAAAGAUUCACUGAGAGUUUAUUGGUCUGUUCUUGGAGACAUUCUGGGUUCUAUCAUGCAAAACUUACAGAAUUUUCUCCAGAUGCCUUUUGGGUGUGGAGAACAGAAUAUGGCCUUAUUUGCUCCUAAUAUUUACAUCUUGGACUAUUUGAAUCAAACUGAACAACUCUCAGAAGAGAUAAAAUCCAAGGCUAUUGGAUAUUUGACCACAGACAUUAAGAGAAGAGAAAUGCAGGAAGUCUACUUUGGCUCAAGGCUCACUGCAUUUGUAUACAAGUCAUUUGCACAGGCCAAACCCUACAUUUACAUUGAUGACAAAAUUCAAUCUCAAACACUUAUUUGGCUCUUAAGUAUUCAAAAAUCUGAUGGCUGCUUCAUAAAUCAUGGCAAAGUCUUCAACAAUGCUUUGAAGGGAGAAGAUAAUGAAAUCUCCCUCACUGCAUAUGUCAUCAACGCUCUGCUUGAAGCUGGUCAUCCAGUCUCAUUUGUGGCAGUUCAAAAGGGUCUCCAGUGCAUAGAGGCUGCAUAUAGGAAGAGAGUUCUGACUACCUAUGACCAGGCUCUUUUGGCCUACACUUUCAGUUUAGUACAAUAUAAAGAAAAAAGAGAAUUCUUCAUCAAUGAGCUGAGCAAGAAAGCAAAGAAAGCAGGUGGCUCAGUGUAUUGGGAACUGGAAGAGCGAAUUUCUAUGGAAGGCUCAUCCUCUUUCUACUAUCCUCAGUCUUCCUCUGCAAACAUAGAGACAACCUCUUAUGGCCUACUAGCCCUUCUUUCCAAGCCGAGGCUGACUUCAGAAGAGCUGUCCAGUGCUUCACAGGUUGUACAGUGGGUAGCAAAGCAGCAAAAUUCCUAUGGAGGUUUCUCCUCCACAAAGGAUACUGUUGUGGCUCUCCAAGCUCUAACUCUAUUCCAAAGGCUUACUUAUUCUAAGAACAGACAAAAUUUGGUGCAAAUUUCCUCUGACAAAGCAUUCAAUAUGGCCUUCGAAGUGAAUGAAGAGAACCGAUUGCUGCUACAACAAUUUCCAUUAUCAGAAAUUCAGAAAAACUACACUGUGGAUGUGAGUGGUGAUGGCUGUGUAUACAUGCAGACAACUCUGAAAUAUAAUAUCCUGCUGCCCAAGAAGUCAUCUGGAUUUUCCCUUUCUGUAAAUACAGCCAAUGCUUUCUGCAGAGGAUUAUUUGAUGCAAAGUUUGAUCUUGUGGUUUCAGCCAGUUAUUCUGGAAGGCACAUCUCUUCCAACAUGGCAAUCAUUGAUGUGAAGAUGCUCUCAGGAUUUGUACCUGAUAAAUCUUCAGUUGAGAAGCUUCAAGAAGAUGGCAAAGUACAACGCAUAGAAAUCAAAACCACACAUGUGUUUUUCUAUUUGGAGAAUGUUACUCAAAAGGAAAUUCAAUUCUCAUUUUCCAUUGAACAAGAUGCACUUGUAUCCAACAUCAAGCCUGCAUCUGUCCAGCUUUAUGAUUACUAUGCAACUGAUGAAUUUGCAGUUGCAGAAUACAAUACACCAUGCAAACAGAUAUCUUUUGAAACCUUUUAG